AUGCAAUCGGAAGACAGCCUCUUCAAGACGUACAAUCUCAUCAGAGGCGUGUUCGGCGCCCAUAAGACCAAGCCCCGUGGAUUUGUGGUGCGCGCAUACCCUACCCCCGCGGAGCUGAUCAUCGGCGAUCUCGCGCAGCGGGCGCGGGAUGCCAACGUGAAGCCUGUAGCCGCUCGCGGGUUUUGGAUAGACAAGGAGGGACACGAUACGCCCAUAGGCGCUCCGCUAACCAAGGACGAGAAGGUUGUCCUCUUCUUCCACAGCGGGGAGUUCAGCGGGUCCACACCCACCCCGUCUCCUUCACAGGAGCAACUCCGCCACCUCACCUGCGUACCCCGCGCGAUUUUGGCGCAGAUCCCCACAGCGCGGCGCGCGCUCGCCGUCGAAUACCGCCUGUGCGAACUGACACCCGUGUACCGCGACCCGUUCCCCGCCGCCCUCCUCGACGCACUCGCAGCAUACGCGCAUCUCCUCUCCGCCACGGGCGUGUCUCCCCAGAACGUCGUCCUCGUCGGCGAAGCCGCCGGCGGACACCUCGCACUCGCACUCGCGCGGUACCUCGCAACGCACGGCGACGGCCUCGCGCGGACGGCGGGAUGGCAUUCGCCACCUCCGCCCGCUUCGCCGCAAGCACCCCUGUCCCCCGAACCGCGCUGGGCGCACGCGAUGGUCCUGCUCUCGCCGUGGUGCGACCUCGGCACGUCGCACGACACACCCGGGGCGGGCGCGCUCGCGCAGACGUACGGCUUCCUGGAGGACCUGGACCCGCGCCCCGGCGCGUACGUCGCGGUGCGCCGCGCGUACGGGGACCCGCUCGCGUUCGCCGCGGUGGACACGGACGCGUACCUCUCGCCCGCGUCGCUCUACGGGGAGGCGUCGUUCGCGGGCUUUCCGCGCACGUUCGUGGCUGUCGGCCGUGGGGACCGACUUGUGAGCGCAUGUCGCACGCUGGGGGAGAAGAUGGGGCGGGACCUGGGCCCGCGCGUCGUCUUGCACGAGAGUAGUCACGGGCGAGAGCCGCGGGAUCGGACGCCUGCUUCGCCCAGGAGCGAGUCGGUGGACACAGGAACGCUGGAGAUGAUUCGCGCGUGGUUGGCGCAGAACUCAUAG